AUGCCCCGCUACACCGACCUGACCGGGCCGUUGCCCUCAUUCCGCAACCUACCUCAUACCGUCAAGAUCUCGUCGACGAUGACGACGCGUGAAUUCGCAAUCAAGAACCCGACAUUCCCUAUGGAGGUCCUCACCGGCAGGAGCCGCUUUGGCCUCGUCUCGCCCCGCUUGCGACAUCACCUCCAUCAUUUGGUCAAGCGACGUGUCGAGGGCCGUGAAGCAGGCAAGGCCGUACGUCGUGGCCUGUCCGUCAGUGUAGUCGAUCUUCCAACGCACGAAUUCAUUCCCUGUCGCUACGAGCCUCCCGCCCGCUUUUCUAGUCAGUCGCGAUCUACAUGGCGCAAGGAUACGCACCUUGCGUGGAAAGCCCGCCGCGAGCGGGAGAUACGUGAGAAGCAGAACGAAGAGCGGCACAAUCAAUAUUGUGCUGAGAAGGCACGAAAGGACGCCGUCGAGGCCGCCGAGGGUUGGGCCAAAUUCGUCGAUACCAUCAACCGCAACCCCUCCGGCAUAUUCUACAACGGUCCGCUGUCCAAGGUCAUCCGCUUUCCUUACUACAUGCCCGGUCUGACCGAAGAGAUGGUGUGGGAGGCUCUCGCUGCCCAGACUGCCCCUACUGUCACCCAAGAUUUCCGCACCUUAUACGACGACCUCUUCGCCUACAAGUCCAGCAUCAAUGCUGCUCUCGCCGCCCUCAAGGAAGCUAGGAACAACCGAGAUGAUUUCGAAGCUGCCGCUAUCGUUCUGGUCGAGCGAUUCCGAAGUACGGCGGACGCCCUGAAGACGCUGUCCAACUGCGGGAUCGACAAAGCCGCUCUGUGCGGUAACAUGGGCCUAGGAUGGGACUGGGGCACAAUGCAAUGGGCAUAUAUCUUCCUGCGGAACCAGCCUUCUCAGUUGCCGGUGAAUGUGGUUACUCUGCUUAACUGCAUCGCAGAAGUAUCUGAGCUGGUCGGGGUGUCGAAGGGAGACCUCGAUGCUGAAGCAGCUCGUCAGAUGCAAUCAGAUGAGCAGCCCAUUCAGGUUGCCCCCCACGACUCAGUAGUGUCAGACUCGGUAUCACAGGGCCAGAAGCCCUUCGACGUACUUUCGGACAUCCGAGGCGAUUCACCCUCCCUCGGAGCUUCCAACACUGCACCAUCUGUCUCUGCUUUCGUUCCAGGCAUAACGGCUUCCGCCUUUCACGGAUUACCUAACCCAAAGCCCUUCGACCAGUCUUCGAGCGUCCAGAGUGAUACAUCUUUAGGAUCCAGCAAUGCCCCCAGUCAGACGUCCACCAGUCAGACGUCCACCAGCCAGACGCCCACCACAAGCAGCCCUAUCUCUACAGUCUCCUCGCCACCCCUCGUCCAAGCUACCCAACUCACGUCGAACAAAAUGACUUGCGACACACUGAAUCAUCCCUCCUUCACGGGCUCCAUCAAGAAGGACAAAGCAACCUUAUUGAGCAAACUCAACAGCAGACAGCUUCCGACAGCGGGUGAAAUUAAGUGGUUGGAUGAGAGCUGCCGCUGUAUCACCGAAAAUGAGUUUCAGGAUUGGUUCAAGCCAGAAAUCGUUCGCCAAGGAGCUGCAGCCUGGUUUGCGUCGAUGAUGGCUCUGAGGAAGGACCUCGAGCAGAAUCACGGCUGGGCGAUAAAGCAGCCAGGAACUGUCCGAGACCUGUUGGAACGCCUUGGUAGUGUCCAGGGCGCACUGAAUCCAUCCAAUGACUAGCUGAUCU